CCUGUGCGCGCGCCCAGGUUCGGGGGAUGCAGAGAGCAACUAACGUCACCUAUCAAGCUCACCAUGUCAGCAGGAACAAGAGAGGCCAGGUGGUGGGGACCAGAGGUGGCUUUCGAGGUUGCACCGUCUGGCUGACAGGCUUAUCGGGAGCGGGCAAGACCACGGUGAGCAUGGCGCUAGAGGAGUACCUGGUGUGCCACGGCAUCCCCUGCUAUACCUUGGAUGGGGACAACAUUCGUCAGGGUCUCAAUAAAAACCUGGGCUUCAGCCCGGAAGACCGGGAGGAGAACGUCCGGCGCAUCGCGGAGGUGGCCAAGCUGUUUGCAGACGCCGGCUUGGUGUGCAUCACCAGCUUCAUCUCGCCGUACACCCAGGACCGCAACAACGCCAGGCAGAUCCACGAGGGCGCCAGCCUGCCUUUCUUCGAAGUGUUUGUCGACGCCCCUCUGCAUGUGUGUGAGCAGAGGGAUGUGAAAGGACUCUACAAAAAGGCACGGGCUGGAGAAAUUAAAGGUUUCACCGGGAUCGACUCUGAGUAUGAGAAACCAGAGGCGCCUGAGCUGGUGCUGAAGACAGACUCGUGCGACGUCAACGACUGUGUCCAGCAGGUGGUGGAGCUUCUGCAGGAGCGGGACAUUGUGCCUGUGGAUGCUUCUUACGAAGUAAAAGAACUGUAUGUGCCAGAGAAUAAGCUUCAUUUGGCAAAGACAGAUGCGGAAACGUUACCAGCAUUGAAAAUUAAUAAGGUGGACAUGCAGUGGGUGCAGGUGCUGGCGGAAGGCUGGGCCACCCCGCUGAACGGCUUCAUGAGGGAGAGGGAGUACCUGCAGUGCCUGCACUUCGACUGCCUUCUGGACGGGGGCGUCAUUAACCUGUCAGUGCCCAUCGUGCUCACAGCCACCCGGGAAGACAAGGACAGGCUAGAUGGCUGCACCGCCUUCGCCCUCAUGUACGAGGGCCGCCGAGUCGCCAUUCUUCGCAAUCCGGAGUUCUUCGAGCACCGGAAGGAGGAGCGCUGCGCCCGGCAGUGGGGAACAACCUGCAAGAACCACCCCUACAUCAAGAUGGUUAUGGAGCAAGGAGACUGGCUGAUUGGGGGAGAUCUUCAGGUCUUGGACCGAAUUUAUUGGAACGAUGGUCUCGACCAGUACCGUCUUACUCCUACUGAGCUGAAGCAGAAAUUUAAAGACAUGAACGCCGAUGCUGUCUUUGCGUUUCAGUUGCGCAACCCAGUGCACAACGGGCACGCUCUGUUAAUGCAGGACACCCACAAGCAACUUCUGGAGCGGGGCUACCGGCGCCCCGUGCUCCUGCUUCACCCUCUCGGGGGCUGGACCAAGGAUGACGACGUGCCUCUGAUGUGGCGGAUGAAGCAGCACGCAGCAGUGCUGGAGGAGGGCGUGCUGAAUCCCGAAUCUACAGUCGUGGCCAUCUUCCCAUCUCCCAUGAUGUACGCCGGGCCGACUGAGGUCCAGUGGCACUGCAGAGCGCGGAUGGUUGCAGGCGCCAACUUUUACAUAGUUGGACGAGACCCCGCUGGCAUGCCUCAUCCGGAAACUGGAAAGGAUCUUUAUGAGCCCACUCAUGGGGCCAAAGUGCUGACGAUGGCCCCCGGCCUCAUCACCCUGGAGAUUGUGCCCUUCCGUGUCGCCGCUUAUAACAAGAGAAAGAAACGGAUGGAUUACUAUGACUCCGAACACCAUGAAGACUUUGAGUUCAUUUCGGGAACGCGAAUGCGCAGACUCGCCCGAGAAGGCCAGAAGCCCCCAGAAGGCUUCAUGGCGCCCCAGGCCUGGGCCGUGCUGGUGGAGUACUACCGGGCCUUGGAGAAAGCCUGAGCCGCCCGCCCUCGGGGCCGCCCGCCGGCCGCCCAGGCCCAGUGCCCUGCUGCUGGUGGCGUCGCGGCCUCCCCCUCGGGAACGUCCGUGUGCCCUGCCGUAGGCUUUGUGCAGAGCAGUGUGGCCACGGCUGGUUUUAAUGUCUCCUUCCCACUCACUGUAGUUCAUAAUCCUACAGUAGAGUUUUAAAAUCAUGUCUUUUUAUAUGGUAUUUAUGCUUACGCCUCAUGGUUGUCCAUGCUGGUACAGAUGUAACCAGUAGCGUAUACUUUGAGUCUCACUUUUCAUCCCUUGAAAGAAGAGGGAGAAAGCCCACUAAACGAUAAACUUGGCUAGAGUUAGUUUGGGGAAUUUUCCAAAAUAUCUGUAGCAUUUUUUUUUUUUUUUUACGUUGAACAUCUACAUUGCUUUCACGCUUUCUUGUCAGCUGUUGCUCUCUCCCCGCUGUUAUAACCUGAAGUAUUCUUACGGUCUCUAUAAGCCCUGGACGAACUUUCUUUAUUCAAUAAAAUUAAUUUUUUGACUUCUUA